AUGGUUUCUGUGAUUAAGAACGAUCGGGCGGCGCUACUUGCAAGAGAGGCUGUUGAGCUUGUGGAUGCUGGCCACCGCGAGGCUGCCUCUCGCAACCUGCGCGAGGCUAUCGCCCUCGCCCCCGAAAGUUCGGAGGUCAAGGCUGCAUUCCUGAAAGUCCGGGAUGACGACGAAAAUAUCCAUCCUUUACUGACCCUGUGUCGGCGAUAUCUCAAUCAACAGGACGAGGAUGCUGGAAAGGAGGCCGUUAAAUUUCUCCAGCAAGAGGGGUUGGAAACGCCUGCGGAUGCUGCCCUGGACUCCUUAAAACUCGUGCUGGGUACACCGGCAUCAAAACUUUCAGCUACUCAAGAUGAUAUAAUCAGCGGCCUCGUUCGCCAAAGCACUGCCUGCCGCCUUUAUUUUGCUGCUGAGCUUCAGAAUUCCGUGACCCAUUUCUUUGAUGAACUCUACGAUCGCGGAGAUGGAUCUGUUGUUUGUUUAGAUACGGUUGUUCUGGAAAAGGCGCUCUGGCAAUCGGAUAAGGCCCGCAGCCACUGCGAGAGCGAAUUGUUGCAGUUGUUCAUUGCAAAGUUGAUGGAGUCAGGUCAUGAUCACGAUGGUCGGUCUCUUAAGGGAAUUGCACGACUUCUUGCUGUUGACGCGCACUGUCUUCACCAUUUAAUUGAUGAGGAAGGGUUUGAUGUUAUUUUAUCGUCUCUUGAUUUAAGAUUGCCUGUCGAUGUACGGAGUCAGGCCACCCUCGCAACAGCGAAGUACCUGGAAGCCUCUGGUGAUUCUGGCCAACAGUUUUUCACAAACAUCAUCACUAGCCGUGUCGCUAAGCGGAGACAAGAAGACUAUAUAAUUGCAUUUUCCGCCGCUGCUGUGGUCUUUCCUUUGCUCCCUGCCAUCGCGUCGAAUCUUUUCUUGUCGGAGGGGUUUCUACAAUCACUUACUCCCUUGUUCUACCGAAGACAGAAAUUCUCUGAUUUGGAACUGUCUAUCCUUGAGUUGUUCAAUGCGGCGUGCAUCGACAAAGCAUGUCGAGAGGCUAUUGAUAAGCACCAUUCGGACUGGUUGUCGCAUACACUCAGCAAUGGUACACAACAUGCAGCGGGUCUGGCCGCGGUGAUUAUAGCUAAGAUACAAGCUUCAGGGAAACCCACAGAGGCUCAUCCAAGUAGUAAGGUACAGGAGGCGGAUGUUGAAUCUCAUGAUUUGGUUGAUCGAUUCAGACAGUUGUUAGCGAAACAAUCUUUGGAGGACAAUACCGGCCAUGUCGUUGAAGGCUUAGCAUACUCUUCAGUGAGACCUGCCGUGAAGGAACAAAUUGCCAAUGAUCGAACUUUUCUUGAGAAUUUGUUUCGGGUUCUAAUGAACGAAAAAGAGGACAAUACCGUACUUUAUGGUGGUUUGGCGACCAUAUGGAACAUCACCAAGUAUAGGCCCAAUCUAUCGGAAGAGCAAAAGAAGCUCUCGGAACUGAAGGCGUACGCCAACACAUCAAAGCCGACGCAGCUGGACACAUUGGAUGAUGAUGAACAUGUCAAGCAUCGCUGCACUGCCGUCAUUGAUGCCGGUAUCAUGCCUGUGCUCGUUUGGUGUGGGAAACGUAGGCUAUCAUCGAUACGCACGCUUAGUGCCCAAAUUCUUCUCGCAUUGUCAAAGGAUUCUAAAUCCAGGGGAAAGCUUGCCCAGCAAGGUGCCGUGGGGCUUCUUGUGGCUACACUCAAUCCAGCAGGAGACGCCCCUCGAAAGCUGGAGGAGUCGAGCUACAAUGCCGCCCAUGCACUUGCUCGAAUCUUGAUAUCUGUGGACCCAUCUCUCGUCUUUGUAACAUCAGGAUUCCCACAGAUCACUUCGGCUAUACGGCCACUACUCCUUCUCCUAAGCCCCCCAGAGGUGUCGUUGACGGAUCAGUCUCGCGACCUUUUACCUGUUUUUGAAGGGCUUCUGGCACUUACAAAUCUUGCAUCGUCCCCAGACAAGGAUGCUGCUGUAACCAUCGUCCGUGCCGGGUGGCCCACAGUCGAGGAUUUGCUGUUAUCAAAUCACAGCUUCAUCCGACGGUCCGCAUGCGAGCUGGUUUGCAACUUAAUGAACUGUGAAGCCGGUCUAGCCAAGUUUGCCGACGGCUCUGCGCGUGCGGGGCAGCGCCUUCAUAUCCUUCUCGCACUCGGGGACGUGGAAGAUCUACCCACCCGGCGUGCUGCGGGCGGGGCACUAGCGAUGCUCACGGAGUACGAGUCCGCUGUCUCGGCGAUCCUGGAUCGUGCGCGGGGGUUGGAUAUCAUCCUUGGACUGUGCAGCGACGAAGACGAGGGUUUGGUGCACCGCGGCACGGUGUGCGUGCAUCACAUUGCGCGGGCGACUGGGGAUGUGGGACGAAAGGGCAAGCACGGCUUGCUGGAGAAGGGGGCACUCGAGGCCCUGAAGGCACGGAUCCCGAACGUGCGCACCCCGGCGGUGAUGGAGAGUGGUAUUGAAGCAUUGAAGGCGUUGUUAAAUUGA